AUGCUGGAUCCCCUUGCAGCUGGGCUGUUCAGCGACGGGUUGCCCGUUAGCCUAGCUGCUGGCUACUCGGCGCGUCCACAGGUGGCGGAUAGCGGGACGACCUUCAGUGAAGGUUAGCUGCGAAAUAAGCACACCCAGGUCUGACGAAUAAGCGGCAGCGACAUUGCUACCAGGGUGCGGUGGGCUGAGGUCUGGAUCGCUGAAAGACUUAUAGAAAGCCGCAAAACCAAAUGACGGCAUUGUGACAUGGCGGCCGUAAACCGCCAUUACAUAGGUUUGCUUGCCACCGCUGCCUUGUGGUUAGGCUUUUGAGCCAAAGCGCUGGAGGAGCCAACCUCGAAUAAACAAUUCGAGUGGCUGCUGGGGACCUGCCCGUAUUCCAAAUUCCCAAGAAACCUCAUGAAAUAUGUCCGAUCACAUUAUUACGACCCAUGCUACGGCGUCCGCGGGAACCGAUGCGCUCCGCAACCCUGGUCCAAUGGUGCGGGCGAAUAGUAUGCGAGCUGGACUACUCAAUCGUGGACGGACUCUAGGUAUUGGAUGCUAGAAUGUGCGAACGUUUCUGGACCCCGGUACUCAAAAUCUGACCGCACGCAGCCUUGAUGAGUACAACGUGGGUGCCUUCUGUCUGUCAGAAGUUCGACUCCCUGACUCAGGCUCCAGCGAAAUAAAGGUCCCUGGAGUCGAAUCACACUUUACCCCUGUACCACAGCGGCCCGCGCGACUCUUCUGGUUGACACGGUGUGGCGAUCGCCCUAUCAAAACAAGCGGACCUUGCGCUACAUGCUUGGGAACCAGUCAAUGACCGGAUGCCCUUCGCGCGACUGGAGGGUCACUUCACGAACAUCUCCAUCGUCGCUGUGUACGCACCAACUUCGGCUGCCGAACAGAGCGUUAAAGAGGCGUUUUACUCUCAAUUGCAAGCGCUAGUUGAAAGACUGCCUCGCCGCGAUCUGCUGAUUGUUGCAGGCGAUUGAAAUGGUCGAACUGGACCUGGCGACCCCACAACCAGUCAUCUUGGCCGCUUUGGACUUGGUUCUCGAUGUGAAAAUGCUGAGAGAUUGCCGAACUUCGCUGAUCGAAACCGACUGCUUGUCAACAUGUUUCCAUCAUCGCAAAAAAAAUCUGAUGACCUGGUAUUCAAAUGACGGCCAUACGGUAAGUCAAAUUGAUUGCAUACUAGUCAGCUCAAGGUUCCGCAGCUGGGUUCACGAUAGCAGAUCGAUGCGUGGUGCCGAGACUGGUAACGCCCAUUGGUCGAACCAUGUCCUUGUCCGUACACACUUGAAAGUUCAUCUCUUAUCCGCGUCAAAAAAUAUCGCAUCCUAGACACCUCGAUAUCGCAAAAAUCCGGCAAAACAGCACUGCCGAGGCCCUGAGCAUAGAAAUCCGGACCUGUUUUACGACCCGAGGCGACGGAGAAGGCAGUAACCAGUGGUCGUCACUGAAGAAGUCGGUCUAUGUGGCAGCUGAGAAUGCCCUUGGAUACACCCAGCGACGCCGCAGUGACUGGGUCAGCGGAAGAACUCUGCAGUUGUCUUCUCAGACGGCUCGAGCCAGGUCCCGUAACGAUGGCUGCUUCCGCCAACUUCGGAAGAUGACGGCAAAGUCGGCCACGGACGACCGGGAGCAAUAUUGGGCUGAAAUAGCGACCUCCAUUGAACAGGCCUCGAACGUUGGUGACACUCGAAAACUCUAUCAACUGAUCCGCCAAGCCCUUCUGCUGUGCGCACUUUGAGCACCAUCUCAACUUCGAUGCCCAGCCUACCUCGCCCUUACUCUCCCCUUCAGCGGAUUUUCUUCCCUCUCCUACCUAUGCUGUACCAUGCGACACCCCCUCUGAAGGAGAAGUUGCCGAUGCCGUACGAAAGUUGCGCAACAAUAAGGCACCCGGAGAGGACGGUAUAUCCGCUGCGAUCUUCAAGUCUCGGGUCGACGCUCUGGCGUCCUGGCUCCAUGAGGUGAUUGAACGAGCGUGGAGAAUCGAGGUUGUUCCUGAUGACUGGGGCUUAGGCAUCCUUGUACCUAUCCUCAAGAAGGGAGAUAAGACGAGAUGCGAGAACUGCCGCCGCAUAAGUCUCAAUGACGUUGCUGCGAAGGUCUUAGCUAUUGUCCUACUCAGGCGAUUCCAGACUGUGCGUGACUCAAGGACGAGGCCCAACCAAGCCGGAUUUCGUGGUGGAUGUGGAUGCGCAGACCAGAUAUUCACACGGAGGCGCAUUCUCGAAUUUCGCCAUAGCUACCAACAACCGACGGCCGUCUGCUUCAUUGAAUUUGCCGUCACGUUCAAUUCCGUUCAUCGUGAGUCCCACCUUACUCUGGUGAACGGACAUGCGUGCAGGCCGCCCAGACCGCUCAAACCUCUGCACAGAAUUAGCGUCGUCCGCUUCCUCACACCAUUUCACUCCUCUACGCAUUCGAUUUCCCUCAUCCUCCAUCCUGACGUCUUUCACCAUAGGCUGCCAGCCCCGACCUUGCCUGUAUGCCGUUGGGAUUGA